UGUGUGUAUGUGUGUUGGUGAAUGUGAGUACGGGGAAGCAGCAGCCGCCAUUUCAGGGAGCUUGCCGACGCUGUCGCAGGGGUGGAUCCUGAGCUGCCGAGGCCGCCGUCCUGCUCUCCCUCGCGGGCUCCUCUAAUCCCAUUGUUUCUUUUAGAUUCGCUCGGGCCUAGCCGCCCUCGGAGCCCGAUAUUCGGGCUGGGCGGUACCGCGGCCUGGGCCUAGGGGCUUAAAGUAGCAGCAGCGGCGGCGGCAGCAUCAGAAGCAGCAGCAGCCCCUUCCCGAAUACGAGCAGCACAGGCGCCCGAAAGCCCGCACAGGUGUUUAGAGAAAAUGGCAGACGAUAUUGAUAUUGAAGCAAUGCUUGAGGCUCCGUACAAGAAGACUUGCCUAACGAUAUCUCACCUCUACUCCCAUGAAUUCACCUUUGAUUCCAGUGUGAACUGUCAAUCAUAAGGUAGUAAUUGAGUGACUUAUCGCUGUACCGUGGUCCCCUAGGUAAAAUGACUCAACUAAGAAUUACCAGCUCCAGUUUGGUAUAGCAAAAAGGUGAAUGUAGUGGUUUGGGAAAACAGCAGGGGUCCAAGAAUAAUAAAGCAUAACCAGUCUGUGGCAAGUAAAUCUUUUAAUAAGUCUCAUAAGAAGAAAUGGGUGAGAUUUAAAAACAUACAAGACUGGUGACAGUAAAUCUUCAAACAGGCAGGUGGCGAUCUGCUGCUCAGUUAAUAAUUAUUAAAAUUCUUGGAUCCCUGAAUAGAAAAAAAAUUUCUUUUAAAACAAGAGGCAGUAUCACAGCUUAGAGUCACUUGAUGACUGUUUUACUGUUCUCCAUAUUGUUUUAUUUUCAAUUAGGCCCUGCCAUAGUAUUUCACACUAAAAACUACAAAGGAAUUAUUUUGGCUAAUAAAGAUAGACUUUGACCCGUUUCAGUAUCACAAUAAAGUAAACUGUCUUUUCAUUCUUUCACCAGUUGGUGGUGAAACUAGCAGCAUGCAUGCAUUAUCACUUGUGUCACAAACUGUAAGCUUUGUAAAUUAGCAAUUAUACUCAUAGCUGAUGUGAUCAAACUUUAAACAUUGCACUAAACCUUUUAAAAAUAAUGCAUUUGUUUUUUGAGUGUAUAGCACGACCAUGUGGUACCAAUUUGGAUGAAUUCUUGAUAGCUGUAAAUAAUGUAGUUUCGUAAUGCAUAUACUCUUGACAAGCUACUUUCUAUUUUAAUGUUAAGAUUCUUAUGUCUUAGUUUAACAUGGAUGUAAUUCCAUGUAAACAGGUAUGGAAGUAGGAAAUGUUUAGGUUGGACUGGUGGAUUAUUAAUUGACUUUCUUGGGUUCUUGGGAGUCAACAUUACUAAAGCAGUGUGAAUCCCUGUUUGCUUCAGGGCGAGAUGUGUGACAGAGGUGGCAUCAAGCUCUUACAGUCCCAACCCUCCAACGGAAAUGGGCGAAGAUCUCAGGAAUGGCAUCGGUCACAGGAAAUCGAUAGUGGCUGGCUGCUAGCAUGGCCACUUGGGGCUUAGGCAGAAAUAGAGCCAUGGUACUGACGAAAGGGACCAUAGAACAUGGACUAAAGCUCAAAACAGGACUUCAUUCAUGUUUUAUAGAGAUUUUAUUUAACCAUUGCAACAUUGUAAAUCUGGAUAGCUUAAUAUCUAAACCAUAAGUAAAAUUAACAUGUUAAUGUGGAAAAUUUUUCAUUUUUGUAUCUUGAUGGCUUAAUUGUAAGCAACAAAGUGAUUAAACACAUACCCAUCUAAAUUUUUUUAUAGCCUUCCAUAUUAAGCUAUAAGCAAAUAAUUAGUUUUAAAAUUGUUUUGUAUUUUCUUAUUCCUGUUCCCUUUACCCUUUGACAACUUGAAAUGUUACCACUUCGUCCUCAUGAUGUUCUUCUAUCAACCCUGCUUAGGAUGAGAACAAGUUGAGCAGUGCUAACGGCCAUGAAGAACGUAGCAAAAAACAAAGUUUCUGCCUCCUUGGAAAGCUCUACAUCUCCUUGUGAUUGGAGUGUGGGUUUCAAGAUUCCAGAAGGAGGAAAAAAAGCAAGAGCAGGAGUCGUAGUCAUGAACGGAAGAGAAGCAAAAGUAAGGAACGGAAGAGAAGCAGAGAUAGAGAAAGGAAAAAGAGCAAAAGCCGUGAAAGGAAGCGAAGUAGAAGCAAAGAAAGGAGAAGGAGUCGAUCAAGAAGUCGAGAUCGCAGAUUCCGAGGCCGCUACAGAAGCCCUUACAGACGACGUUCUCGAAGCAAAAGUCCAUUCAGAAAAGACAAGAGCCCUGUGAGAGAGCCUAUUGAUAAUCUAACUCCUGAGGAAAGAGAUGCACGGACAGUUUUCUGCAUGCAAUUAGCAGCAAGAAUUCGACCACGGGAUUUGGAAGAAUUCUUCUCCACAGUAGGAAAGGUUCGAGAUGUGAGAAUGAUUUCUGAUAGAAAUUCAAGACGUUCCAAAGGAAUUGCUUAUGUGGAGUUUGUCGAUGUGAGCUCAGUGCCUCUAGCAAUAGGAUUAACUGGUCAACGAGUUUUAGGAGUGCCAAUCAUAGUACAGGCAUCACAGGCGGAAAAGAACAGAGCUGCAGCAAUGGCAAACAAUUUACAAAAGGGAAGUGCUGGACCUAUGAGACUUUAUGUGGGCUCCCUGCACUUUAACAUAACAGAAGACAUGCUUAGGGGGAUCUUUGAGCCCUUUGGAAGGAUUGAAAGUAUACAGCUCAUGAUGGAUAGUGAAACAGGUCGAUCAAAGGGAUAUGGAUUUAUUACAUUUUCUGACUCAGAAUGUGCCAAAAAGGCUUUGGAACAACUUAAUGGAUUUGAGCUAGCAGGAAGACCAAUGAAAGUUGGCCAUGUUACUGAGCGAACUGAUGCUUCCAGUGCUAGUUCAUUUUUGGACAGUGAUGAACUGGAAAGGACUGGAAUUGACUUGGGAACAACUGGUCGUCUCCAAUUAAUGGCAAGACUUGCAGAGGGUACAGGUUUGCAGAUUCCACCAGCAGCACAGCAGGCUCUGCAAAUGAGUGGCUCUUUGGCAUUUGGUGCUGUGGCAGAAUUCUCUUUUGUUAUAGAUUUGCAAACAAGACUUUCCCAACAGACUGAAGCCUCAGCUUUAGCUGCUGCUGCCUCUGUUCAGCCACUUGCAACACAGUGUUUCCAACUCUCUAACAUGUUUAACCCGCAAACAGAAGAAGAAGUUGGAUGGGAUACAGAGAUUAAGGAUGAUGUGAUUGAAGAAUGUAAUAAACAUGGAGGAGUGAUUCAUAUUUAUGUUGACAAGAAUUCAGCUCAGGGCAAUGUGUAUGUGAAAUGCCCAUCAAUUGCUGCAGCUAUUGCUGCUGUGAAUGCAUUGCAUGGCAGAUGGUUUGCUGGUAAAAUGAUAACAGCAGCAUAUGUACCUCUUCCAACUUACCACAACCUCUUUCCUGAUUCUAUGACAGCAACACAACUACUGGUUCCAAGUAGACGAUGAAGGAAGAUAUAGUCCCUAUGUACAUAGCUUUUUUUUCUUUCUUGAGAAUUCAUCUUGAGUUAUCUUUUAUUUAGAUUAAAAUAAAGAGGCAAGGGUCUACUGUCAUUUGUAUACAAUUCCUGUUACCUUGGACAAAAUAAAAAUGUAAACGGGAAUGAAGUGUGCUCAUUCUCCCUAACUAGCAAAUCCCACUGUAUACAAAGCUGUUCUUGUUCUGCCUUUUAAAAUGUUUGUGUAGAAAAUUACAUUAAAGGUCUAUAGGAAUAGCUCUAGGGGAACAAGUGUGCUUUCUGUAUAAAGGCAGAGAGAUGAAAUGUUUUUAAUGUUUCAAAAGCCUAACUUUUUACACAACAGUACAUUUCACAUUUCACUAAUGUUGCUACUUGGUUCAUGAUUUAGCAGAGGUUUCUGGAAUACACAUUUAUUGUGUGGAAAUUCAAGACAGCUAAAGGGCUGUUCGGAUAACAUCUCAUCUUGCAUUCUGAUCAUUUGGCAAGAAAGGGAGAUUUCAAAAUUAUAUUUCUUGAUGGUAUCUUUUCAAUUAAUGUAUCUGUAAAAGUUUCUUUGUAAAUAUUAUGUGUUCUGGUGUGUCUUUAAGAUUCCAAACAAAAUGAUCCCUGCAUUUCCUGAAGAUGUUUGGUGACAGUCUGGUAAACAAAGCAAUCUGAAUGAGAAAUAGGAAAUGCAGAAAUAGGUUUUGUCUGGUUGCAUAUAAUCUUUGCUCUUUUUAAGCUCUGUGAGCUCUGAAAUAUAUUUUUGGGUUACUUCAGUGUGUUUGACAAGACAGCUUGAUAUUUCUAUCAAACAAAUGACUUUCAUAUUGCAACAAUCUUUGUAAGAACCACUCAAAUAAAAUUCUCUUAAAAAGGC